AUGGCAGAAACCGCUCCAGCUGCUGCCGCUCCGCUGGCCAAAGUGCCCAAGAAGAAAUCUGCUGUUAAAGCUAAGAAAACCGGCCCGAGCGUGGGCGAACUCGUCGUCAAAGCAGUGUCGGCUUCCAAGGAGAGGAGCGGCGUGUCUCUCGCCGCCCUGAAGAAAGCUCUCGCUGCCGGGGGUUACGACGUGGAGAAGAACAACUCACGCGUGAAGAUCGCUGUCAAGAGUCUGGUGACUAAAGGCACUCUGGUCCAGACCAAAGGAACCGGGGCUUCUGGAUCUUUCAAACUGAACAAAAAACAAGCCGAGACAAAGAAGCCGGCGACGAAAGCCGCCCCUAAAGCAAAGAAGCCCGCAGCCAAGAAGCCCGUUGCUGCUGCUGCCAAGAAGCCGAAGACUGCAGCGCCUAAGAAGACCGCCGCAAAGAAAUCUCCCAAGAAGGCAAAGAAACCUGCCGCCACCGCCGCUAAAAAGGCAACGAAGAGCCCAAAGAAGGCGAAGAAGCCAGCGGCCCCCAAGAAAGCAGCCAAGAGUCCCAAGAAAGCUGCCAAAAGCCCCAAGAAGGUCAAGGCUGUCAAACCCAAGACGACAAACCUAAAGCGGCUAAGCCUAAGAGGGCCGCCCCGAAAAAGAAGUAGAUUCCUUCUUUACACUUUCAAUUAAAAAAGGCUCUUUUAAGAGCCACCCAUCAGCCCACUAAAGAGCAGUGUUUCAGU